AUGGUUAUCCUAAUCAGUCUGGUGCUUCAUUUUCUUGGAGUUCUAGGCCAUGUUACGGCUAAAAACUUAGGAAGUACUGAAGUGAAUGUCGAGAGUGAAAAACCACCCAAGGGCCUUUCUUGGGAACAAUGGCAUAUGGAACAUGAACAUCAACUGUCGAAAUAUGAUCCGGAAACUUUUUUCGAUCUACACGAUUCCAAACAUAAAGGUUAUCUAGACCAGAAUGACAUACUAUCCCUUUACGGUUUAAACCGUGGGGAGGUCGUAGGAAAGGGCGACGGGAUGGGCCAACACGACGACUCUGAACUGGUCGACAAAGACCUGGCAGACCGAGUUGUUGCUCUUAUCAUGAAAUUGCUAGACGUGGACGACGACACAAGGAUUAUGAGGUCGGAAUACCUUGAUUUUGCUAAGAGAGGUAACAGGUUACCUGAUUUAGGUGUAGGUGUCGGCCACCAUUCAGACUUCGAAACGGAGUACGAACUUCAUCAUUGGAACGAGUUUCAUCGUGAUGAUGAUCCAGAUAUUAAAAAUGUUCACAAGGAGGAUAUUGAACAUGAGCUGUUACAUCAUGAACAUGAGAUAGAACAUGAAGAGAUAGUCCAGAAAGGCGCUUCUAGGAGCACCGUCAUAACAGAUGAUGAACUGGAGUCCAGAAUCAACGUAGGAAAUAUUCCAGGCAAAUACAAAAACGGUAUCUGA